CUAACGAUACCUCGGCUGCGACUCAUCUGGGGUCGUCGGCGGAUUUAGCAUCCCGAUAUCUGGGGCGGGAUAGCAAGGCAUCUGUCUGUUUUAUUGAUGCUCUUAUCGGCCUUUGUUUGCAAGCAUGGCGACCGAGCGCUCUUUAGCAAGGCUCUUGCGAUCGCUUCAGACCGCGUCCGAGCUUGAAGACGCCUACGCAUUGCUUCCAACUGCGACCAGUUUCCUGGCGAUUCUUACCAACCCCCUUAAUGUGACCCUUCUUGCGUCUCAGCUGUUGAGCUCUCCUGCGAUCUGGGAUAACCGGGUCGAUCUGCAGACAUGCCGCCGGAUCAUCAGCGUGUUUAACACAGCCGCAAUUACCAUCCUACAGCAGGAAGAAACAGAUACGCCCAGAGCACCGUAUGCGACACGGAAAGGUUUAGAUCGCGAGGCUUGGGUGAAGGCUGUGGUAGCUGGAGCAGAUGAGAGGUCUCCGCGAUGGAGGCAUCUGUUACUGCUUGGCGGGGUCCUGCUCGGGUUCGAAGGUCAGAACAGGCAGGGGCUGCCUUCACAUAUUCGGACGAAACUUGAGUCAGGACUAGUUAAAGCUACAGAGCUUUCAUUAAAUGAACUGAAACCGGUAGAUGAUAUUGAUGGAUAUGCUAUAACAAUGGUCUUGAACCACACAUUCGAACUAUUGUCGGAUUUCGAAAGGAGCCAGCUCAGUUACGACCGUCUGCUUCCGGUCAUGGUCCGCGCUACCUUCCUUUCAAAGGAGGGGCUUGAAGGGGGAUACUUUUUGGGUGCAAUCGAUCGUGACGUUGUUGAAGUCCCUGGCAAGAAGUUCCUGUGGUCGGCAGGAUCAGCCAGUUAUAGACAUAUGGAGGCCAUCUCUUCCAAACCGCUAAUAUCCGCACUUGGGCCUCUGUCGCGACUGAUCGCUUAUGCGGUAGAGAAUGUCCAUGAUCGCUCCAUCAUAUCGGGAACCGUCGAUUACUUGGCAGACUUCGUACGAACUUUGAUAGUCCAAUGGCGGCAAAACAAAUUGUCGGAGAUUGACAGAUCCGAGGAAAUUGAUUUCUUGGAAGGAGAGUCUUUGAAGACGACCGUUCCUGCUCUCUGGAAACUGUUACGCACAUGCAUGUUUUCAAUAACUAUAGUUUUGCGGGCUGUUCUCGGGAGAGUCCUGAAUGACCGCGUGUUGGCGGCCAAUGGAAGUGCUCCAUUCUUAUCGAUGCAGGUUCUGCACAUCCUUCGCAAUCUUUACUUCGUGUCGUCACGCAUCGGUCAAAACGCAUCUUCUCAGUAUUCGUUCGUGUACCUGACCGCCAUCGAUAUAUUAUCGCAGUAUACAGACCUCUCUGAGAAUUUCCUGCGGAGUAUCAAGCCUGCUGAACUGGGUCAGAUACCCGCGCAUCCUCUGGAGAGAAGUCUGGAUCUUUUCUUUCUAAAUACGGCAGAGCACUUUACUCUGACUGUGUCACCGGAAACAAGUGAAGAACUCCUUAUUCCUGCUUCUCUCCCGUACCUUGCCAAGGGUGGAAACAACCAUCUCUUGGAGAUAUUCGAGGCUGCCCACAGUGUCGUUCUCGCAGUGUUGGCAGCACCUAAGAGUGCCAAAAUCGCAGCAAACCACCUACCGUUCUACAUUGACAACCUCUUUGCCGUCUUCCCACAGAAUCUCUCUACCCGCCAGUUCCGUCUGGCUUACAAGACUAUUCUUCGAAUCACCGCUCCCCCCUCACCCCUGGCGAACAGCCAGCCACUUUUGCCUUCUACCCUCCUAGAGCUCCUUCACGAUCGCGCACAACGAGCAAGUUCAGAUCCUCUGACUCCACCGAAGCAGUCUUUGACAGCAGAAGACUUGACCAAUCCCCCACCCCCGGUCUCCGAACAAUCGGCUUUGACCCUUGCUUUGAUUGACUGUCUAUGCUUCCUCCGGGUGGAAGAUUUGGAGGAGUGGCUCCCUCUGACGGCUCAUCUGAUUAAUAAGAUUCAAAACCCCGAUAUGCGAGUCCCCUGUGUUGAGCGCUUCUGGGAAGCCCUCAGCGACGGUGAGAUGGACGUUGAGCGUGCACAUUUCUGCGUUCUUUGGUGGAGCACCAGAGGGGGUAGGGAGCUUGUCCUCUAUGGUGCAGAGGGAGAUGCAAGCCCCAACGUCGAAGAUGGGCCGUACAUGAGCGGCGCUAUUGGCGGUGCUGCUCGCGAAAACAAGCUCUAAGACCGGGGAGGAUCUGGUAACUUGCCACUGUCAAUUUAGCCAAGGGUGUCUGGCGCUAUAUACAUUAUCUUCAACGUUUUCAUUACACAUGUAAAUAUUAUUUACUUCUAUCACCGUCUACCGGGUAUCCCAGUUGGGAAAUACGGAUAUCCAAAUCCAACGUGUUCUGAUUCGACACAUC